AUGGCGAGAUAGCUACAGGAAUAGAAAAGGCAGCCGCCUUCACAGAGCCAAGCAAACGGUUUCACGAUUUUUCUUAACCCCCACUGCUUUAUUUUGGCCGCUUCCCUACCCCGCCGGGAAUACCAUCAAGAUCUUAGUCCAGGUAGAUCUGACGUCAAGAGAUGGCUUUCGUCGAUUUGACGUGUAAACACUCAUUUCCAUUCUGACUCUGGAGGGUUGGGGCUCCAUUCAGCCCAGAGACAGAGGCGCUGUGCUGUGCGCUCUCUGGAAAGCUCUUACUUCUGCACGUCCUAUCCGUUAGCAUAGCAACGAGGAGCAAGAAGUGAUCCGACAGCGUCUGAGUCUUGAAAGAUUGAUUUCUUGUUUGUCUUUCUCCUAUAUUUGCUUCUCUUCCCUCCUAUUCCCAUCGUGUGUGUGCAAUGGAUGUGAGAUAUUGGUCUCUGCAGUAUAUUGUUUUUGCUCUCUAUUUCUGCUGGUGUGCAAUGUACAGUGGUAGAGCAGAAAAACAGUUCGUUAAUGAAUGGGCAGCGGAGAUUCCUGGGGGUCUAAAUUCAGCCAGAGAGAUAGCAGAGGAGCUGGGUUACGACCUUCUCGGACAGAUUGGAUCACUUGAAAAUCACUAUUUAUUCAGGCAUAAAAGUCACCCAAGAAGGUCUCGAAGAAGUGCCAUUCACAUCACGAAGAGAUUAUCUGAUGAUGACCGAGUAACAUGGGCUGAGCAACAGUAUGGAAAAGAAAGAAACAAACGUUCUAUCCUAAGAGAUUCAGCAGAGGACCUCUUCAAUGACCCAAUGUGGAAUCAGCAGUGGUAUUUGCAAGAUACCAGGAUGACCCCAGUCUUGCCCAAGCUGGACCUCCAUGUGAUACCAGUUUGGCAAAAAGGAAUAACAGGGAAAGGGGUGGUUAUCACUGUUUUGGACGAUGGCCUGGAGUGGAAUCACACAGACAUCUUCGCUAACUAUGACCCAGAGGCCAGUUAUGAUUUUAAUGACAAUGACCGUGAUCCAUUUCCCAGAUAUGAUCCCACAAAUGAAAACAAGCAUGGAACCAGGUGUGCAGGAGAAAUUGCCAUGCAAGCCAAUAAUCAGAAAUGUGGUGUUGGGGUCGCCUACAAUUCCAGAGUUGGAGGCAUUAGAAUGUUGGAUGGCAUUGUGACUGAUGCUAUCGAAGCUAGUUCGAUUGGAUUCAAUCCCAACCAUGUGGAUAUUUACAGUGCAAGCUGGGGCCCAAAUGAUGAUGGGAAAACGGUUGAAGGCCCUGGCAGGUUAGCCCAGAAGGCUUUUGAAUAUGGCAUCAAACAGGGAAGGCAGGGAAAAGGCUCCAUCUUUGUCUGGGCAUCCGGGAAUGGGGGGCGUCAGGGAGAUGACUGUGACUGCGAUGGUUACACAGACAGUAUCUACACCAUUUCCAUCAGCAGUGCCUCACAACAAGGCCUGUCUCCCUGGUAUGCUGAAAAGUGCUCAUCCACACUAGCCACUGCCUACAGCAGUGGAGACUACACUGACCAGAGAAUUACUAGUGCUGAUCUGCAUGAUGAUUGCACCGAGACCCACACUGGCACAUCAGCCUCUGCCCCACUGGCUGCUGGGAUCUUCGCUCUUGCAUUGGAAGCCAACCCUCAUCUUACCUGGAGAGAUAUGCAACAUUUGGUCGUGUGGACCUCUGAAUAUGACCCCCUGGCCAUCAAUCCUGGUUGGAAGAAGAAUGGAGCCGGAUUGAUGGUCAAUAGUCGAUUUGGAUUUGGGUUACUUAAUGCUAAGGCCCUGGUGGAUUUAGCUGAUCCCAAAACGUGGAGAGGUGUGCCUGAGAAGAAAGAGUGCAUUGUGAAAGACAACAACUUUGAGCCCAAAUCAUUGAAAGCUGAUGGAGUAGUUACUAUUGAAAUCCCUACAAAAGCCUGUGAAGGACAAGAAAAUUCCAUCAAGUCUUUGGAACAUGUGCAAUUUGAAGCAACAAUUGAAUACUCACGGAGAGGAGACCUUCAUGUCACACUCACAUCUGCUGCUGGAACCAGUACUGUGCUGUUGGCUGAAAGAGAGAGAGAUACAUCACCCAAUGGUUUUAAGAACUGGGACUUCAUGUCUGUUCACACAUGGGGAGAGAAUCCAGUAGGCACCUGGGCUUUACGAAUUACUGAUAUGUCUGGAAGAAUGGAAAAUGAAGGAAGAAUUGUGAACUGGAAACUGAUUUUGCAUGGGACUUCCACCCAGCCAGAACACAUGAAGCAGCCCCGUGUCUAUACCUCUUAUAAUGCUGUGCAAAAUGACAGGAGAGGGGUGGAGAAGAUGUCCGAUUCUGUUGAGGACCAGGCCACCCCAGAAAGCCUCCAUGAAAGCCCCCAGCCCUCUAAAAGCUCCUCUACCCCCAGCAACAGCAGCAGUGACAAGCUGACAGAGAAAACCCCAUCUAGGGCCAUGCUCCAACUCCUACAAAGUGCUUUCAGCAAGCAGGGGGCCCCCAAUGAAGCACCAAAGAGUAAGCCCGAUGAAAAGCUAAAGAUCCCGUAUGAACAUUUCUAUCAAGCUCUGGAAAAGUUAAACAAACCAUCCCAGUUAAAAAACGCCGAGAACAGUCUGUACAGUGACUACGUGGACCUUUUCUACAACACGAAACCAUACAAGCACAGGGAUGAUCGACUGCUACAGGCUCUGGUUGACAUUCUGAAGGAAGGGAAUUGAAGCAAGGUGAUCUCCUGAGUUGAAAAUAUCCAUUCUUCCUCCCUUCUCUUAUAUCCUGCCUGUGACCGAUGUAGGUUUUAUAUUUUAUUCAUAUGAUUAUGUCCUUGCUUCUCAUGCUGUCUCUUACAUACAUACACUCACUCAAGCUCACAUGUGCUUGUACACACACACACACACACACACACACACACACACACACACACACACACACACUUUAGUACGUAAGGAGAAGGGGUUUGCUUCCCACUGAGAGCCUGGCUGUACUGGGGACAGUCAACAAGAGCUCUAUUUAAAACAUGUUUUCACAAGUGAUUUUUUUUUUCUUUUUCUUUUUGGAAUCAAAAUCCAUUGGUGUUUCUCCCAUUGUAUUUAAAAUCCACUCAAAACUGCCUCUCUUUUUCCCAUUUGCAUUUCUCAAAAGAAUGAUAAUUUUAAGAAAAAACAACUCUGGGCUACAAAACAUUAAAAACAAAACUGCUGCAAAACACCAGGAGAUGUGCCUACAGCCUUUUUUCUGUCCCCUCCAUGGCUGUUUCCUGUCUAGCAAUGACUUCUAGGACUGUGGUUCUUACAACUAAAGGGCUCCCCAAAUUACAAAACAUCAUUUAGGAUCCUAGAUUUAGAGCUGCAAAGGCCCUGAGAGGUCAUGUAGCCCAAGCCCUCAUUUUCCACAUGAAGAGCUGAGCCUUAAGGUCAAUCAUUGAGGGGGUAAUGGGGAAGAGCGAGGAUGGAACCUGAGAUCCUCUGACACUUAUUAGUCUAAAAAUCCUUCCACUAUACCAGGAAAGGGGAAAUGAAUUAAGUAUGUGAUUAAUGUAGAUCAUUGAGGCACCAAAAUGGGGUUUUGACCUGCAUUAUCUAGCUUGUAUAGUUAGUAAAAUAUACCCAACACUACAUUUGGUAUAGAACUGACCAUUGGAUUCAAACUAAGUGUUUUUUCUUCUUGGUCCUCCUUAUUCUGAAUUUUUCCUUGUUCUUUCUCAGAGCUGCAAUUUUAGAUUCAUAAAUAAUGUUCUAUAAGUGAAUUUCACAAAGCAAAAAUCAGGAAAUAAUUCUGAAUGAGGAAAGCCAAGAAGAAACAACACACAAAUAAGCCAAUACAUUAUAUGAAAGAGGUUUUUCUGGUUUCUAAAAUGUCAAUCUGCCCUUUGGGUUCUAAGGCCUCUUUCCUACUCUCUUUGUUUUUAGGCCCCUCAUUCUCACUACCAAUUUUACCAAAGAUACUAGGCAUGAAUAACAUUAAUUAAAGGGGGAAAAAUCCACACAGAUGUUAUUUUUAGACUGAAUCUACACAUUACAAAAUAAAGAUGAGAAUUUGUGUUACACAGUUAAUUUAGGCCAUACCUGUGGAGAGCCAAACAAGAUAAUUCAGGCAAAAACCAAUCAAACAAACAAAACCCAACAGCACCAAAAGGACCCUAGAUAAGUUGUGUGGAUGGGCAUUUGCAUCUCUGUUAUAGAUGCCAGUCCCUCCUUCACUGUAUAUGUGCCCUGAAAGCUUCUGUUUGCUUCUUGUUGCUAUUUGUAAUGCUCCCUAUAGCUUAGUAAGCAGUCACAGGAUUUUAAAUGUGUGCAGAUCAGAAAGCAUUGUGAAGGUCUGCCUGGUUCCACACAGUUUGGCAAAAUGACCUUCCCUUUCCCUAAUCCACCAUUUGAAUUUGUGCAGAAUGAGGAAACAGUCAGGAUGCAGCUCUGGUACUGUCAUGAGGCUUGUAAACUGUCCUUAAAAAAAUAGAAUGACCGUCCUGUCCUUGGAAUUUCCAUGUAUUAUCUGAUGUGAUGUGAUGUGUAUAGUUUUGACAGCUUCAGUGAAUCAGAGACCGAUAGAAUGUUAAAGCUGGAAGCGACCCUGGUGAUCAUACAGUUCAACCUCCUCAAUUUGUAAAUGGGGAAACUGAGGCCCAGGGAGGCAAAGGGACCACUUGCUUGUGGUCACACUGCUAACAGUGUCUGCAUUGGGACUAGAACUCAGGUCUCCCUGAAUCCCAGCUCAGUGCUUAAUGUAUAUGCUGCCUUCUUGUUAACCACGUUGAACAAUAUUAACUCAUUGUUAAAAUCUCAACCACCUCUUGUGCUGUGGCCAAAGGUUCCCCUAGUGAAGCUUUAAUAUGAAAACCACAUCAUGUUUGAGUGUUUCCAACCCAGAGUGUGUUGUAUAGACAUAUUUUUAUUAUUUGUCUUUCUUGGUGCCUGUGUGAGUUUUUGUGAAAAUGUAAAAGAGGAAAAUUAUAAAAUGUUUUGUCUCAGAAUUUUAAAUUCUAUUUUCUUUACAGGUAUUUAUAAUAUAUCAAAACUUUUAUCAAACAUGCAGAAUUUUGAAAGGCACAAUAAAUUAUAUUAAAGAACCAUAUGUUUUCUUGAGAAUGAGAAAGUUUCAUCCAAUAAAAUAUUUUUCAAAGGCAUGUUCCUCUAGCAAUGGUGAUACCUACAUGUAUGUGAUGUGAUGUUACAAUAACUUGUCUAAUAGCACAAUACAAUAUGUCAGCAGAGUUCAGAGUGUGUGGUUGUAACAUUUUUAAAGAAACUUCAAAGUGAAGCCCUGAAUGUAUUAACCAGGAAAUGCCAAAUAUACUUUUCAAUCAAAAGAGUAAAUGGUUUCCUCACUGAGUCCAACCUAAAAAGAUGGUGGGCAUGGUAGAAAUAAUAAUAAUAAUAAUAAUAAUAAUAACAACCUAAUGGAACUGCCCCUUUCUCACUUACUGUGUGGUAAAUGGGGACCAGCAAACAAAAAAAUAUCAAGCAAAGAGAAAUAAUAAACUUUCAGAGAUCUUCUAGUUUAAUCCCCUCAUCUUAAUCAUGAGAAAACUAAGGUCCAAGUAGUGAAGGCAUUUGCCCAAGGUCACAAAAACAAUGAUCUUAUUGAAUCCACAUGAAUAAUUCAGUUUCCUUUGGAGUAAGUGGUUUUUCAUUUUUGUUGGUGUGCAUGCGUAUGUCUCUAUGUGCAUGUCUCUUGUGUGAGUGCAUUAUGUGUGCACUCAGGAGAACACUCAAUUUUACUUUUAUCAGCAUUUGAAAUUCAACUGUAAAAUAAUUAUGUUUUACUUACCAAAACGAUACAAAAGCCUAAAAUGAUUCUGAUAAAGUUAAUGCAAAUCAUUCACCACUAAAAAGCCUGACUUCAUAAAUUUGUGUGCAGAAAAAAAAUUGACAGUGAAUAAGUUUCAUACCCUUAUUAUUUACAAAUGGCCUACAGGAGGAAUUAUGGUAUACUCUGUGUUUGUUUAAUCAAGAUUUUGAGUAUUUAUAGAAAUACUCCAAAAUUAUGUGACCUGUAGUGAAAAAAAAUACUAUCUACAGCACAGUGCUAGGGACUGAAUGAACAAUGUCAGACAUUAUGAUCCCUGUCUUCUUUCAGAUCAACAGACAACACUGGUGCAUUCAGAUAUACAGGAUUAAAGAGACAAAAAUUUCUUAGUUUAUCACAUUCACAUUGUGUGAAUUCAAGAAUAAGCACAGUAAUUGGAACAUAAAGCAUGGGAGAAUAAUGUGAAGUUAUGAUUUCAGCAGGAUGAGAUUGGACAAAGCACUUUUCAUCUUAUUUCAAGGGUGUAGAGGCCUUUCAGAAUGGCUAGGAAUCCAGUUCCAUUGGCUAUAUUAUCCCUAACCUUACUUUGUCUACCCUAGUACAAUGUUACAAACUCAUCACAGUUUUUUAAAGGUGCUUCCAUAGAAGGAGAGAGAGAUAGUGAGUGAAAUGAUUAAAUUAGAAGAUCUUCCAACUCUUAAGACUCUAGAAUUCAAUUGUGCUGGGCAUUGAGGAUACAAAACCAAAAAUGAAACAAUCCCUGCCUUCAAGGAGAUUAUAUUUUACUGGGUAAAUGUGCACAUAUAAGUAGAUACAAUGUGAUGUAGGGACUUAAGGGAAUGGGGAAGGAGACACUAGUAGCUGUAGGAAUCAGGAUAGGAUGUGACCAUUGAACUGAAUUUUGAAGGCAGCUUGAAUGUUAGAAUUCUAAGAGCUGGAGGCUAAAAGGGAGUGCAUCCUGUCUAGGGGGGACAAGCCAAGCAAUAGAGUGAAAGAAGGAGAGGGAAUGCUGUAUGUAAAGAAUAGGAAAUAGACUUUUGACUGGGCUUUGGAGUGUAUGAAGCCUAAAAAGUUAGGCUGGAGCCAGAUAAGGAAUGGCUUUAAAUGCCAAACAAAGGAGUUUAUCUUUUAUUUUAGAUCCAGGGAUAAUAGAUAGCCAUGGGAGAUUUUCGAAUGACCUAUGUCUUUGAGAUUGCAAUUUGGCCACACAAUGGAGGAUGUAUUGGAGAGAGGAAUAGUUUGAGACAGAAAGACCAUUCAGGAGGCUAUGACAACAGUUCAGGAAAGAGAUAAUGAGGCUCUAACCUAGAGUGGGGGUCAUGUUAGAGGAGAGAACAGAAUGGAUAUUAGAGAUGUUAUAGAAGUAGAAUUUACAAGAGAUGGCAAUUGAUUAGACAGAGGAAAUGAGUAAUAAUGAAGAUCCACAAUGAUUCAAAGGUUGUGAGCCUGGAUAACUAGAGAGAUAUUAGUGCCCUUGAGAGAAAUAAAAAGAAAUUUAAGAGAGGGUGGAGUCUGGGGAGAAAAGCAAUCAAUUCUGUUUUGGACUUGUUGAGUUGGUUGGGUGACAUACAAUUAAAAAUGUCUGGUUAUAUGACAUUCUCUAACUAAAUGCAGCCUUUAGAUUUAAAAAAAGAAAGAAAGAAAAAGUGAUAAUCCUUGAGAAAGGGAAGUAAGAUAUUGAAGAGAAACUUUUUUUAUUGUUCAUAGUAGGCAUUUAUGAAGUAACCUCAGGGAACAUUGUACUUUACUAAGCAUCAUGGGGUUGAUAUUAUAAUUUGACCCUCAAACAAUAAUAAUUUGACAGAGAAAUAAAAUGAACAAUUACUGGUUUAAGUAAGUACUGAAGGCAAAUUUAAGACAACAAAAUUGAAAGAUAUAAGUUUUAUACUCAAAUGCUCAAACAGAACUGUGAUCUCAUCAAUUUGGAUGUUGUCUUCAGAGAUGAAGAUCACAGCCCAUUCAUAUCUGAUCAUCCUGUGCCACUGUUUUACAUCUCUUCCCAUGAGUUUGUUAUGAGGGGGUCAACCUAAUGUGUGGAAAAUGAACCUUCUUCACUUCCUCCUCAUGGAUGCUAGUGGAAUCCUCAAACAACAACCCCCCUGCCAUUAUUUGUUUCCACCAUGUGUGUGACCUAUCUUCUUUUUCAAUCAUACAUUUCCUGGAAGACAUACUUUAGGAUGUUUCUAAGGAGGUAUUGAGUAUGACUGUUCAAUCUCCAAGUCGAUGAGAUUUCAGUUAAUGAUCUUAUCCCCAGGGGAGUCAUGAUGUUCAUGGAGUUGAAACCAAGCAGAGAAGCUGAUGGUAAAUGAAGUUGAGUGCCCUCUUUGUAACAUUCAUUUUUGAUUUCUCAAAGAUUAUAGUGCCCCAUGAUUCACAGUCAUUAAACACCAAAAAUAAAAUACUGGUAUUAAAAAGAUGGGUCUUUGUUUCUUCGA